CUCGCGCUAUACUAACGCGUUUAUACCGCGGUGUGAGAAAGGGAAGAGAGAAGGGAGAGAAGAAGAAGAGAGGGGACAUGUAGUGCAUGUAGAUUUAACCACCACACUGCAAAAAAAGAGAUAGAAAGAUAGAUAGACUACAAGCUCGCGCUCAUUCCUCCGCCCCCUUCUCUCUCUCUCUCUCUCUCUCUCUCUCUCUCUCUCUUUCUCUCUCUCUCUCUCUCGUUCCCCGCUUCACCACUAUCGGCGCGUGCCACUAUUUAUUUCUGAUGCUCAUUUAAUUUUUUUUUUUUGGUCUUUUUUCUUUUUAGAUCAUUUUAAUCGCCGGCUUAUUUUUUUCCCUCCCCUCUUCUUCUUCUCCACCUCCUCACGUUAUUUUUUCUUCUCUUCUUCCUCCAUGCUCUGGAAUAUCAUUUGAAACAUACGCCUGUUUCACCCCUCAUAUUUUUUCACCACCGGAAUUAUCCAUCACUCUUCUGCGUCGGCGCGCGAGACACCAUGAGCGGCUUGAUGAUGAUGAUGAUGAUGAUGUUAUUAUUCUUAUUAUUUUUCAUUUUUUAAAAAAAUCAUCUCUUCCUCUGAGUGCCGAGGGAGGAUUUUCUGUUUUUUUUAGCAUGCAGAGGAUUUGAGGAGCGCGAGCGAGCUUCAACACUGAUGGAACAUGUCCUAUGUUCCCUUUCAAGAUGCACGGUAUGCUGUUCCCUCCUCCCAUCAGCCCCAGUCCUCCUACGCUGCUCCCCCGUACGAGCGUCCAGGCUGGAACUCUCGUCACUCCAUGAUUCCUGGAAAUCAGCUCUACAUGUUGGACCAGGAGGAGGUUCACCCUUUACUGAUGCGCGAGCGGCGCUCCGAGUCGCACAGGAACAAACUGCUGCGACGGACCGUCAGCGUGCCUGUGGAGGGACGCCACCAUCCUGAGAUGGACAACGCCCGCCUCAGGCGGAAAAGCAUCGCCACUGGGCGUCAGCCGAGCAUGGAGACCCCUCCCAUAGCCCCCCCUCAACCCUUCCGACAAUCCAGUUUUCUUGGCCGAAGGCUAAAGGGGUCUAUAAAACGAGCGAAGAGUCAGCCCAAGCUGGACCGCACCAGCAGCUUUCGCCAAAUGAUCCUCCCACGAUUCCGCAGCGCUGACCAGGACAGGACUCGUCUGAUGCAGAGCUUCAAAGAGUCACAUUCCCACGAAUCCCUGCUGUCUCCCAGUAGUGCAGCCGAGGCGCUGGAUCUCACGCUGGACGAGGACGCCAUCAUCAAACCUGUCCACUCCAGCAUUUUAGGGCAGGAGUACUGCUUUGAGGUGACGACUGCUUCGGGAACUAAGUGCUUCGCCUGUCGGUCGGCCGCAGAAAGAGACAAAUGGAUCGAGAACCUACAGAGAGCUGUGAAGCCCAACAAAGACAACAGCCGGAGGGUGGACAACGUCUUGAAGCUCUGGAUCAUCGAGGCCCGGGAACUGCCGCCCAAAAAACGCUACUACUGUGAACUGUGUUUGGACGACAUGCUGUACGCACGCACCACCAGCAAACCCCGCACUGACACUGUCUUCUGGGGCGAGCACUUUGAGUUCAACAACCUCCCGGCUGUCCGCAACCUCCGGCUUCAUCUCUACAAAGAGACCGACAAGAAAAGACGCAAGGAGAAAAGCACAUAUCUAGGACUGGUCAGCAUCCCCAUUUCCAGCAUCACGGGUCGACAGUUUGUAGAGCAAUGGUACCCUGUGAUCCAGCCCAGUGUCUUGGCUAAGGGAGGGGGUGUAGGAGGGGGUAAAAUCAUCAAUGCCUCUUUGCGGCUCAAGUCUCGCUACCAGACUAUGAGCAUCCUGCCAAUGGAACUGUACAAAGAGUUUGCAGAGUACGUCACCAACAACUACCGGACGCUGUGUGCCGUCUUGGAGCCUCUGCUGAGUGUCAAAAGUAAGGAGGAGGUGGCCUGUGCACUGGUGCACAUCCUACAAAGCACAGGGAAGGCAAAGGACUUUCUUUCAGACAUGGCGAUGUGUGAGGUAGACCGAUUCAUCGACCGAGAGCACCUUAUAUUCCGAGAGAACACUUUAGCCACCAAAGCUAUAGAAGAGUACCUCAAACUCAUCGGACAUAAGUACCUCAAGGAUGCUUUAGGUGACUUCAUCCGAGCGCUGUAUGAGUCAGAGGAGAACUGUGAGGUUGAUCCCAUGAGGACUCCACCUUCAGUUCUACUGGACCAUCAGGCGAAUCUUCGCAUGUGUUGUGAGCUUGCUCUCUGCAAAAUCGUCAACUCACAUUGUGUUUUUCCACGAGAGCUGAAGGAGGUCUUUGCAUCAUGGCGAGUUCGCUGUGCGGAGAGGGGGAGGGAGGACAUUGCUGACCGCCUGAUCAGUGGCUCACUAUUCCUGCGCUUCCUUUGUCCAGCCGUCAUGUCCCCAUCCUUAUUCAACCUCACCCAGGAAUACCCGGAUGAGCAGACAUCACGCACACUCACCCUCAUAGCCAAAGUGCUGCAGAACCUCGCUAACUUCUCCAAGUUUGGCAGUAAGGAGGAGUAUAUGUGCUUCAUGAAUGAGUUCUUGGAGAUGGAGUGGGGCUCCAUGCAACAGUUCCUGUAUGAGAUCUCCAAUUUGGACAGCAUAAGCAAUGCCGGGGCUUUUGAGGGAUACAUUGAUCUGGGAAGAGAGCUUUCGGUCCUGCACAGCCUCCUGUGGGAGGUCAUGGCUCAGCUCAGUAAGGAUGCCAUUAUCAAACUCGGACCAUUACCCCGCCUCCUGAAUGACAUCAGCAUGGCCCUUCGCAAUCCGCAUCUUCAAAGGCAGCCCAGUCACCAGACAGACAGACAGCCUCCUGAAAGACAGACGGACCGGUUACUCUCUCGACCCAGCUUCAACAGGGGAAUCUCCUCUGAGUUUCAGAACCUAAUGACGAGGGACCUGAACAGUUCCAUAGAUAUCACUCGCUUGCCUUCCCCAACCUCUGCCAUGUCCAGCGGUGUUCCUCCAUCACGAGGUGGAAUGGGUGGUUAUGUUGAUAGGGAUCAUCCGCAUCGGGCUUCUUCUAAAGAUGUUUUCUAUGUCACCCGUCCCCCGCUGGCCCGAUCCAGUCCUGCAUACUGUACGAGCAGCUCCGAUAUCACCGACCCAGACCCAAAGGUUCUGAGCGUUAAUGAAAAUAUUUCUAUGAUGGACCUCCAGGACUCAAGAAUGAACAGCGUCUCUAACCUGCAGUCUGUGGGGGACAUGCUCAACUCUCCCCAGGCCUCACUUGCCGGGUUCGGUGGCCUUGGUGGUGCUGGAGGAGGCCUUGGAGGUCAGCUGCGUGCCGGUGGAGGGCGGAUGUCGGCCGGCUCGGGUGGAUCCAGCGUGUCCGGCGGCCUGCGACUAAGCCAGCUGAGCCAGACGGGGACUGCCACCGACUCGCUGUCCCAGCAGCAGCAGCAGCAGGCCGCCGCACUCCGCUACCCACUCUCCUUCCAGAACCCUCUGUUCCACAUGGCCGCAGACGGUCCUCAACUCCAGCGCCAGCACAGCCGUGCUCAGGUGCCUCCACCCCUCCUGCUGGCCCCAGAGCCAGACUCCUCACAUCCUGCGUACUUGCCACAGUUUGCCCGCGGCGCCUUCUCCCGAAGCGAAGACCUCUCCACGCUCAGACCUGGACCACACCUUGGCCAGCCCAGCAUCGUCCACUCCCACAGCUACAGCGACGAAUACAGCCGGGGAGAUUACGCCCGACGGCAACUCUCUAUGCACAUGCAGGAAAACCUCCAGCAGCAGCAGAUGAUGGGCAUGGCCUCACAGACAGGUACAUCUCAUUCCUCGCUCGCCUCACCUCCCACCACUGUCCAGCCUGUCCGUCAGAGCUCCAUGGCUCCGCCUCCCACACAGCGCAUGAAGUCUCAAACCUCCCAUCAGCUCUCUGUGAGCUCAGCCGCCGGUGCCACGCCCCCCAGCAAGACCAGGCCUCAGAGCGGAAACCUGCUCCAGUCUCCUGAGUCGGGCUUCGGUGGCAGGCAGCAGGGCCCACGGCAGCAGCUGUCCGUCAAGGAUAACACCGCCCCCGGCCUUCCUCAUCAGCACAGCUCCACCCGUGAGAGCCAGGGAUCUCAAGGUUCUCAGGGGGGAACACCACAGUCAACGCAGCAGUUGCACAAGGAGCGACAACACUCGCAGCAGCACUUACUCAAGCCUUCCAUCAGCAAACAGGGCUCAUCCCCCAACACUCUGAACCCGCCCACCCCUGCCUCAGAAAGAACAGUCGCCUGGGUGUCCAACAUGCCACAUCUUUCCGCUGACAUCGAGAGCUCACGCAUCGAGAGAGAAGAUUUUAAACUUAAGGAGUACUCCAAAAGCAUGGACGAGUCUCGUUUAGACCGGGUACGGGAGUACGAGGAGGAGAUCCAUUCCCUGAAGGAGCGUCUGAUGAUGUCCCACCGCAAGCUGGAGGAGUACGAGCGGAGGCUAAUCACUCAGGAGCAGCAGACCAACAAGAUCCUGCUGCAGUAUCAGAGCCGGCUGGAGGACAGCGAGAGGAGGCUGAGGCAGCAGCAGAUGGAGAAGGACUCCCAGAUUAAAGGAAUAAUCGACAGACUGAUGGCAGUGGAGGACGAGCUGAGGGUAGGGGUAGCAUCAGAGCACAAAGCCAGGAUGUUUGGAGAUCAGGGGAGGCGGCAAUCCAUCCUAGUGCAGCCCCGUCUCGCGCCCGUCCCUCCUCGAAUGCACAGACCUCACUGAGAAAGGACCGAACUUGACGACACGCUCACUAAACUUGUUUUAUAUAAUAAAUGAACUCUGGUUUGGGCUUCACCUGUGUAGGUAAGAAUAGAGGAUAAGGCCAAAAUACAAUGUUUUGUAUUAAAAUAUGUAUAUUACACACACGCUUCUUCUUUUUUUUUUACCAGCAUAGAGAAUAAGAUUUAAAUUGAUAUCACAUUUUUUGAUUGUCCACGUCUUAUAGCAAAGGCUAUUAAUGAUAGAUUUGUAACACAUUGAUAUGAUCAGGCUUGUGUGAUAUAAGGAUUUAAUCAUCUCUACACAACAUUACACAAUUGGGUUACAGAGUAAAAUAUCUGCCAUGUCGAAAUCUGAUUUUUAAAAUGAUUAAGUUGAAAAUGUGCUGUUGUGUAUUAUUCUAAAAACCCACAGUUGCCACUGCCAACAAGCAGUUCCCGACUGCACUGCUAAAUCAGAGAAAACCAAUAUCUCACAAGCCUGGACAUGACCUAAAAAUAUUCAAAUAUUACUAUAAAAGAAACCCUCAAAUGCUUAAGCAUAAAUUUAAGUAAACACACAAAGCAUCUGUCUGGUACAAAUAUUAAACAUGAAUCUUAAAAAGUGCAAAAGUUUCCAAUUCCUGUUGUCACUGUGCUCCGAAUGUUUCUCCGUUUUUUAUAUCAAAAUAUAUAGCUGUAGUAUGGUGUAAUAUUGUUACAGAAAAUUUGAAACGUAAUUCACUCUGGCCAGACAGAUCUGAACAGACCCUGGAGCUUAAACAGUACUUUCUCAAUUACAGCGGUGUCCAGAGGUCUGAGUCCACUACCAAGAAACAGCACUCCUUUUUGUUUUUAAUAGUAACUCUAUAAAGUUCACUGCACUAUUUGAAGCUAUAUAAGAAUCAUCGUCUAGAUCAAAUGGGUCACGCUCAUGUUUUCAUAGAGUCAACAAGCAGGGGUAAGAAAUGAAAAGCUGAGAAAUGACCAGGACAAGUGGUUAGAUCUGAUGACACACCUGUAGUCUAACAGUACCUAAGCUACCCAUAUGAACAAAACCCACAAAAUCAACGUUACUGCUAAUCAUUUAACAAUCCAUCACAAACUUUUGGACAUAAUGUGCCAGAAUUCACUCCAUCAUUCCCACCCGCAACUCUCAAAGUACACUCUGACCAAAGAGAGGCCAAGACCAAACCUUACCUAAGUAUAGUUUAAAACCCUUUAGUUCCAUAUAAGAUAUUCUCACUCCUGGCUGGCUCACCAAUCUAUAUCAUCAGAUUCAGUCAUCCAGCAGAAUUAAAAAAAAAAAAAAAAGUUUUUUGUUUUAGUUCAGAGGCAUUAGUAGUAGUUACGGAUGCAUCAUGACAACUCCUGAAGUAGGCAAGACGGAAAGCAAGACAAAAUAAAGUGGUUCAUUACACCUAACCAAACAUGCCAAAUGACCAGAGUAAAUCUUAACUUAAAAAUCCAGUAAAAUCCAGAGUGAAAUAUACAUUUAGCCAUACAAGAUCCUGUGGAAAUUACAAAAAAAAAUAAAAAAUACAGAGUUUGUUUGUCAGUUUGUUCAACCCGCACACUUAUAAUAAUAUGCAAUUAAAGGCUCCAAGGUCACUCUACACUGAUACAAAUUAGGCCAUUAUCUAAUAUAACUGAAGCACAGUGUAUUUAACUACGAUCUAUGAUAUAACCUUUGAGCUGAGUUUUGACUUUUGGCUCAAAAUUGAGUAUCCUCACUCCUGGCUGGCUCGCCAGUCAUUUUUUUAGUGUACUAAAUUAUAGUAUUGUGGCCAAAAGAGGUCUAAACCACAGGAUUUAAUUUGGCAUCUAAUUUGGCAUUUUAUAAACUAGUCUGUAUUUUAUUCCAGAGAUGUGUGUGUUAGUUUCAGCUUGGACCAAAACAAAGAGCCCAGUGCAUCACUAACAGUGUUUGUUUUAAAAACAGUUCUUGUUAGUGGACUUAUAACCUUGGCCCCUACUGUAUAAUAUGCUUGAGUGGGUGGAGGAGUCGAUUGCACAGCUAAACCAUCAACAUUUUUGGAUUUUAAACCCCAUUUUUUCAAAAUCUAGAGUUUAAGAUUUUCUCUGUGAGCGAGUGCUUUUAAUCUUUGCCAUUGGUCUUAGUGUAAUAUUUAUCGCACCACAUGACGUUGCUGUCUCGUCUGCACAGAGCAGCGUUGGGAGAGGAGGGGAGUGGAACCGCUCGACUGACCUUGUAUUUCAACCCCAGAUUUUUAAUCCCUCCCUCAUCCCUCUCUCUUUUUCUCUCUUUCUCUCCUUCUCUCUCGAUCUCUCUCUCUCUCCUGUUUUUUCUCUCUUUCUAUGUGCCUUUUCAUUUCUCCCUUCUGGAGCAUUUUUAUGGAUGUUUCCCAUACCUCGGCCGUGUAACUCAUACUCCUCUUUUUUCCCUUCCCGCUACUUUUCCCAUCCCUUUGUGACCUUAUCUGUCCAUCCCUCUUCUUUUCUUUUUCUCUUCUUCCCUCUCGCCUCCUGUCUUCUUUGACUCUGAAACUUCUGCAUCAUUUUAUCCUUUUUUGUUUUCAUUCCUCCUUCUAUCUUUUCGUCAUCCACUUUCUGUCCUCCAAACGCUCCUUGUGUCCUUUCUUUCCUCUAUUUUCUCUCCCUCCCCCCCUUCUUUCUUUCUCUUUGUCUUGCUAGGAAGAGCAGCUUCCCUCCCUGGGUUCUCCAGACCCCGGUGUGAGUGUUGGCGGAGGAGAAAUGAGCGCCGCUCCUGCCUUUGGAGUCUCUCCCUCGGACAUCUCCUCCGACAACCCGCCCCAGAACGGAGGCCCGUCCCCCAAAGUAGCUUCUCCCGCCCACUCCCCACUUCAUACGCACCUCGGCCGGAACGGAGAGAUGUGCGCCAACCAAAAAGCCUCUAUGGCAAACGGGACCACAACAACAUCAAACAUGGGAAGCGGAUUAGAAGGAGGGGGAGCAGGUCUCUAACGGCGCUACGCCGAUCCGAGUGAAGAUCGAUAACAUCCCUUACUUCUGCCCUUUUUCAUCGGUUUUUCCUGCAUGAGGCACAUCUAUAUUGGGAGGCGCUCAUCCUUAUACCAUCCACACCAAACUACUAAAGGGCUUUCCGGUGGAUGGAUCGAAUUUCCUUUUGACUAAUGUAAAAAAAUGACUUUUCCAUCGUAUAUUCCUCUGGAAUGACAUCAUAUGGUGGUGUCCAGUGAACCAAAUGUGGGUGACUCUUGUGAAUGAUCUGAAUUCCUGAAUUUAAGUUUUUUUUUGUUUGUUUUUUUAAACAAUCAGCCGGUUAACUGACCUCUUGAGUGCUGUGUGAAACAAAAAGACAUAUAAUUCUCUAAAAAAAAAAAAAACAAAGUGGGUAAAAGGUCUAAACCUGUUCAGAAAACGCCAGCUUUCAAGGCCUUCUGAAGCAGAUCCGCUCGUAUUGUCAUGUCGUCUGGCUUCCUUAGUGCCUUCUCUGCAUCCUUCAACAGGGUUUUCAAACAAGCAACAGAAUAACGAUCUCGACAACAUGGUCCCAUUUCGCAUCACGCGUCUCGCUCGUUCACGUUAAAGUGACUUGGACGAUAUUGUGAUCCGGAACAGGGAAACAUUUUUUCUUUCGAAAGCAGAAGAAGUGGUUUCCUUUUUUUAUUUAUUUUUAUUUUUUUUUCCAAACAUCACGCUUAAUGAGAAGUACUCUUGGUCUUCGAUUUGAAAUUUGAAAUGAAGGAAGCUGCCUCAGUAGACUUGCUGGACUUGUGCAAUGUUUUUCUCUUCUCAAUCUCAGAACCUGUGUGUGAUCAACUGGUGCUAAAGAUUAAGAAACAAAAAACAGUCAGAUAUCUGUGUCUCAUAGCACUGCCUCCCAUUAACCUUAACCCAAACCCUUCCCUCCCUUCACCCCCAGCUCCUUGGUGUCCAUUUGUCUUGCCAUGUUGUUCAUUACUCCCCUGAAUGUUCAGUGUUUCAUGAAUGCCUCGUGAGGUGGUCUCUGUCAGGAUGUCUUCAUAUCAAAAACACUACAGUAGUCCAAUAACAGAGGGACUGACCCUCUUGUUUGCUUUUUUUUUCUUGUAUUUUAUUAAUAACUGCUCCCUCUGCUGUAGGGUUUGACACAGGGAACUAAUAAGUGACGUGUUUCAACUUUAAUUUAUUAGGGUUUUUUUGAAGGAGCUCAACAUUUUCAGCUGUAAUUAUACAGAGGUGCCAAUACUCACUGUCCUAAACACAUCAACCUUAAUGUAUGACAAUGGAUGGAACGGCUACGGUUUUUUUCCAGGUCUACACCAAGCAUCAGCAUGAAAGUCUGGUGAAACUUUAUUUACUGCAGAUUUGUAACCGAUGUGAAAGAAUUCUCGGUUUUUGUUGGCUCACAACGCUGAGGAUCAUGAGUUCAGAGGUCAGUUUUGACCUUGAUAAAGUCUUUUGCAAUGUAAGUGACCACUUCCAAAAGCAAACGCUCGUCUUUCCUGUCCUCCGUCCUUUCCCCUUCGGUGAACUGGCUUAUUUCGCAUUUGCUCUGAGCACUGAUUCAACUAGAAAUACCUUGGCAGAGUUUAGCAAAGAUCUCCCUAGCUACCGUAAAUAUUGGCACCUCUGAUCUAUGAUUACGAACCUUAACGAAUGCGCACAAGCGUACAACAAUUCUCUACCUUAUAUUCUUCUACACCGUACACAAUCACGUCACAUCCGUGUCUGCAGCUAUUUUCCGAUGUCUCGUGUCCGUUUUAUUCAUGUUAUCAUGAUAAACAUGUUUAUACUGUCACAAUCAAGACCUGGCUUAUCCGAUGCAGCAGGCUUUGAAAUGUCUUUUGUAACUCAUUUUGUUGUAAGCCUUUAGGCCUUAUAGGACUCAUGCUUGUGAUUGGAAGCACUCGAUUCGUGUUGAUUGUAAAAAAAAAAAAAAAAAAAAAAAAAAAAAAAAAAAUAGAUGCACUAAUAUAACGAAUAUGGAAAGAGGGUUCGGAUGAACUGCACAAUAAGAGAAGCGUCAAUAUCUUGAACUGUAACUCUAAAGCUUAACUUUGAGUCUAGAGAAGAGAAUGGACUGAUUACCUUCUGUUUCCCCGAGAGCCUUUAUGUAAUCUACGGCUAGCAAGUUUUUCAAAUUUCAGUAAUAAAAACAAGGCGUCCUUAAAGACACUGUUGAAGGAACAUGGUCUACAGGGUCUCUGGUCGGUGAUAUACCUCAGCUCCAGGAAUAAGAGACUCAGGUAAACAUUCUGCUUCACAGCUUAGCGCAGGGUAGUCGGUCCAUCUCUUCUCUAAGAAGUAGCAGUGAUUUCUUCGCCCCUUCUGCAUCCCUAUUUUUUUUUUCUUUGUAUCCCGUCUCUCUCCCACCAGCCAAGCGCACAGCUUUGUGGAGGACAAUCUGGAAUCUAAUUGGACGCCUCAGCUCGGACCAUCCCCGGGAUGGCGCGGCUAUAACGCCAGGGCGCUGUCUCGCGACUCGCUCGCUUGACACAGAGGAAACUGAGGCUCUGAAAACCUAAGAGCCCCAGGUGACCCCCAAAGACAACCUAGGUACCCUCCAUCUCCUGCUCCUAUUCCGACUUUUCUUCUCUAGGACCUUUCACAGCUUUCCGCCACAAAAGCGCUGGCGUCUCGGAGAGGCUUUUUCCGACUCGCGUACAUGGGGAAGGUGUGUCCGAGGAAUGUCUGCGUCUCUCCUUCAGACAUUUGAGCAAUGCUUGACAGACGCUUUACACGAGAACUACGUGAACAUCUCAUCCACAUGCAGGGAAGGAGACGUUUCCAUGUGGGUUUUAAAAAAAAAGGUGCUGUUUCUCUAGGACAUGACAUCUACAGAUUCAUUCUGCUCUCUCUCUCUUUCUUUCUUGCUUUCUUUCUUUCCUUCUGCGCUUUGCGAGUCUUUUCAUCCGAGGUAUUUAAAUAUGCAUAUAAAUAAACAACGGCGAAACGAACCGAUCGCACGUGUGGAGGACAGAAACGCCACAUAUUGUUUGUUUUUUUCUUUUCUUUUCCAAUGCCACACUAUCUCAUCCGCUUCAGUUAGACUUUGACGUGAAGAGAAGGAAACACAAAACUGUUCGAAAAGCAAGUUCCUUUGGAUUUUUUUGUCAUUCUUAACCUGCUCCCCUUCUUUGACCUCAUCCCACGUCGCAGUGAUCUGCCUCUGAAACGCAACAGACGGAUUUUUUAUUUUUAAUUACCAAGUAUCUGAUCCGGAAAACCCGGAUGUGGAAGCGCGGCCUGUCGUUUAUCCACGGUUCACCGGAUUCAGAGAGAACUUUCACUUUGACUUAACUUUCUUCUGGACUUCACGGCAGGACAGCCUGGACACAUUUUUUUUUUCUUCCUUCCUUCCUUUCUUUUUGUUUUGUUUUGUUUUUUUAAACAAUUGCAGGUAUGUAUUGCAGUUGAAAUAAUGUUGUGCAGUGGGUGAAUGUGUGUGUAUAUACAGUGUGUGUACAGUGUUUGUGUAUAUACUGAUGUAUGGGUAUAUAUUAUAUGGACCGUGUACAUACGAUUUGUUUAUAUAUGCAUUGUACAGAAUGUAUUUUGUCCGAAAGGAGGAAACUUUUUCUUCUUUUUCUUUUUUGUUUUCGGAAAAAAAUGAAGCGGCAAUUACGAGGCAGGUGUCUUUGGAAGCACUUUUUUGCACAGACUUAACAUACGGAGUCUGAGACGUAUGAUGCAUCACCAUUACGCUGCCACACACCUCGAGCUUGCACCCAUUUUCUCAUUGACUGGGGCAUUUUGUAAUAGUUUCUAGGUGACAAAGCAAUGUUUGUAUAUAUCUAUAUAUUAUCUAUAUACGGAAUAUAACGAUAUUUCUGAUUGAUUUACAUCUUCAUGGCUGUUGAUUCUUACAGCUGGGUGUUUUCAGUGCUCCAGUGUGUGUGUGUGUGUGUGUGUGUGUGUGUGUGUGUGUGCGCGUGCGUAGGCUCGCCUUGAGCUGCAGACGAAUCCGUUUAUGAGGUCAAACCCCUGGAGAUAUUAACCGUCCCAUUUUAUUCUAUUGACCUUUUGUACACCUGACACUAUCUCUCCCUUCCCUGCGUUUUCUUCUCUUUCUUUUUUAAAUCUAUAUUUAUUUUUCUCCUUAAUCCCUGGAAAUGGAUGGAGUUCCCAUGAUGUGCCUCCUUCUGCUAAAUCUUCAUUUGACUUUUGUCAGCCAUAAGAAAUUCAUAUCCAUUCUCCUUGACAAGCCAUAAGCCCCACCCCAAAAAAAUUAUCUUUUAUGAAAAGGGCAGACAUUUGGGGAUUUAAUUCUCUUCUUCUUUUUUUGUACAUAUAUAUAUAUAAAUAUAUAUAUUAAUGGAAAGAGUGAUCCAUUUGGAGUGUUGCUAAUGUUUAUGGAUUUGUUAUGAAUGUUAAUAUUCUGGUUAUUGAAUUGUAAUUAUUAUUAUUAUUAUGAUUAUUAUUAUUAUUAUUAUUAUUAUUAUUAAUGUAAUAAUGAUUGGGAUUGCUAUUCUCAUCCUUUAGUUUAUUCAAUGCUGUUGAAAAUAAUGCGUUCAUUACCAUCAUUAUUAUUAUUAUCAUCAUAAUUAUUAUUAUUUUUUUUUUUUUGAAUAAGCAGGUAUUUAUAUUUGGGGGUGGGUGAAACAUAGAGAUGAAAUUAAUAAGAUGAAUACAAAUAAA